AUGGCUUCUGAAGCCUACCUACGCCCCCCUCACCCUCGGAGGCCACCUGCUCAGCGCUCCGUCUCUCUCAAACACAAUCACGGCCCCUCGCCGGACUCGAAGAACAGCAAGAGCACACAGACCGUAGCCUCCAGUGGCUCACCGUCGAGUAACAAGCCGAACGUGAGCAAGGCCGAUUCUGGCGAGAGCAGUAACGCCGACAAGUGGUUCGACGGUGCCAACAACAAUGCCGAUGGCAAAAACAGCACUAUGAUCGAUAGUGAACGACCCCCAUUCUUCCUCCAACACUCAUCCUCGGAGGAAACUCCGAAUUACGGAGGACCGGGCGCAAUGCUCGAUCCACGUAUCCCAAUGCAUGCCCUGAUGAACAAGAACGAUACCGAGGACAGCGGCAGCUCAGACUUUCGUGCUGUCAUCGACGACCUUACUGUUCAGAACAAAAAGCUCAAGAGACGUCUGAAGAAGUACGAGAAGCUGCACGACGCACAUCUCAAGGACGAAAAGCUGUUCGAGGUCCGCGUCCACGGUCUGUCGUCGACAAAGAGGCGCGAAUUGGAGGACAUUCUGCGCAAUUUCGCUGUCAGCGCUGCUGGUCAGACAACCGGUGCUCCUACUUCCCAAACCAGCAAUCUCUACGAUCGCGUCGUUCCCACCCUCAAGACUCAUAAGACAGCCUCGUCGUCAUCCAACUUCGCCGACUCUGCUUAUGUUUCCAAUUCAGCUUCAGCUUCCGCCUCUGGCACCUCUAACUCUAACAGCGGCCAGCAAAGUAGACAUCCUUACCGUCGCUCUAGUAAGGCUCGUACCAGCAACAUCCAGACCUACCUUCACGACAUCCCUGAAGGUUUGUUGCCACAACAUCCUGCAGUCAUGACCGAAUAUUCAAAGAAGAAGCUCGUCGUCCGUCGUCUGGAGCAAAUCUUCGCUGGAACUGGUGCUGGCAUCGGUGAUCACCACCACCCAAUGCAACAACAGGAGGUCUCUCAAAUGGCCGCCAAGGCCGACAGGAGUGCUUUGGAGGCUACGGGUCAAAUUGCGAAGACCGAGGGCACCAGAGAAGCUCCUAUCAUGAAGGAUGACGAGGACCGGAGUGCUGAAGAAGCCAGCGGACCCGAGGUCGUUAAAGGAACCGAUCCCAAUCUUAACAUUGCCGANAAAGAUUUUGCUGGCCUUUCACCCCAGCAGCGACCUACGAGACCUCUGGAUCUUGAUCCUCAUCGCGCACAGAACCCUCGUGACAACUUCCAAUACAUCCGCCAUCUCGGCUUCUCGCCACCUGAGCCUAGUACUAUGGAGGCUCAUGAAGAAGGUCAUGGCUGGAUCUACCUGAACUUCCUUUUCAACAUGGCCCAGCUUCAUACUCUCAACGUCACCCCUGAGUUUGCCAAGAAGGCUUUGCUUGACUUCAGCACAAAGUUCGAGCUUUCCGAGGAUGGUCGUAAGGUUCGCUGGAAGGGUGGCAGAACCAUCACAAGAUCGGCGAGCGAUACUGGAAGCUCGCCCUCGACUUAUGGCAACUCUCUUAAUGGAACCAGCCCUCAGAANACGAUCAAAAUCUUCUCACCACAAGGCUGCUCUGGUAUUCGUACUGUGUCGUUGAGACAGAAGAAGAAGACCGACAAUGGUCCCAUCAUUUUCUACAACAAUGCCAAGUUCUGUACUGAUCUUAGUGGCGAGCCAAAGACAGAAGCCGCCAUGAUGUACAACCCCAUUCUAUACCACACGACGACCGACCACGCUCUCGGUAUUCCAGGACCUUCUGAAGCAACUCAGCAAGGCAUCAUGGAAUCUCGUGGUCCUCUUGAUGAGGCCAAGGAUCUCCCCGAAGCCAUGAGCCUGGACGACAACCCAAUUCCUGAAGCCCUUGAACUCAACUUCCCUAGUACUUCGCCCCUCACUGAUUCGAGCGGAGCGUCUGGACCGGCAAGAAAUCCGAUUGAACUAGAGGUCUCCGGCAUUGGUGGUAUUUAUCCUUCUGACAACUUCUCCGUCAAUGUCAAGACGGAGCGUAGGCGCAACCCUGCUGCAGCGCCACCUGCAAAGCAGAAGCCGUACUCUGCUCAAUUUGCAGGACUUUUCAAGGAGAACAAGCAGCAGCCCGCAAUGUUCAAAGAAGAGGUCGUCGGCACUUUCCACCAGGAAUUGCCUCCUUCUGAGCUUCCGCCUGCCUCUUGUUUUAUGGACAUUGAUGAGUACGACGAUGACGAGUCCGAGUUCGAAGAUUACCACUCAAUGAUCCCUGAUGUUGAUCGUGUUCACGAUGUCCCAGCCACCGCGCCACAGACUAUCGACAUGCCAUACAUGAGCAGUGACGAGAGUGAUGAUGAGGAGGAUGAAGAAGGAGACAAGGGCGAUGAUGCCGCAUCCGAUGGCUCUCUUGAUCUGCUCGCUACUGCUCGCGAGCUUGAUCCUCAGUCGAUUCAGGCGCGCGAGCGCGAGUACGAUGCUCACAUGGCCGAGAGACUCGCAGAAGAGAUUCCUGCUGGUAGCUCUGCCGCUACGGCAGGAGGUGGUAGUGGAUUUGCCAGCCCAGCGGCCGGCAUCAGCAGAAAAGAGUAUGAGGACGCACGCGCGGAGCAUGCUAUGCGUCACGCCUCGACCAUCACGUCCGUGGCGUCGUUCAACAGAACAGACACCAAUGGUUCAAUGAUUGUCAACGGCAAGUCGCCUUGA